AAAAAAUGUCCGAGGUUUUUAUCCUCGGCCUUGAUUGUUAUUGUUAAAGCAGCUGACAGCAACAGAGUGUAGAAUAGAACGACAUUGCACCCAAAAAAGAGUUGCCAAGACGUAAUUAGUACGCGAUUCUUGCAAUAUGUUGCUGGUCAAACUUUCCCUCCUCUCGUAUCUUUUCACCUGCUCGUACGCCGCGAGGAUCCUCGCCGUCGUCUUCAUACCAUCGCUGAGCCAUAACCUCGUCUUCAGACCUAUUUACCGUGAGCUAUCGCUUCGCGGUCAUCAAGUAGUGGCUGUGGCCCCAAACCCUCUAAAUGACUCGACUCUCACCAACCUAACGGAAAUAGACGUGUCCUAUGUCUAUGAACGCAACAAGAACAUGCAAUCUGCGUUAAAUUUCGAUUCCUACACCGAAUUCUGGACCAACACGUUCCAAUGGAUGAUGUUACCCGCCGAAGAUAUCCUCAAAGACUCCAGAGUGCAACGACUUUGCGAAGGUGGCGAAAAAUUCGACCUUGUGCUUUUGGAGGCUCUUCUGCCGGUGUUCUAUGCGUUUGGAACCAAGUGCGACGCCCCCACAGUAGGAAUGAUAAGUAUGGACGGGUUAUUGUCUACCCAUAGCAUUCAGGGUAGCGUAAUCCAUCCAAUUUUGUUCGACGACAUGUUGUUGCCGUACCAGAAACCGUUGGGCUUGGUAGAGAAAAUAUUGUACGUGUACUCCUUUCUUUGGUACAAGUGGUACUAUAACUAUCGAGUGGUGCCGCAGUGCGAUUCGAUGAUGCGGAAAUAUUUGGGUCAACAUCUUCCUCCUCUGGAUGAGAUUGAAGUUAAUUCGAGCAUGGCGUUCAUCAAUACCAACGUGGUUAUGAAUCCUAUAAGGCCGUUGUCGCCCACUGUGGUGCCAAUGGGUUUCGUUCAAAUCAGAGCUCCGAAUGCGCUUUCUCAGGACCUUCAGAGUGUCUUAGAUAAUGCCAAGGAGGGGGCGGUGUACUUUAGUUUCGGAUCCAACACGAAAAGUUCUCAUUUGUCACCCCUGAUGAGGAGCGUCAUCAUUAAAACGUUCGAAGAGCUGCCGUACACUGUACUGUGCAAGUGGGAAACUGAUGGAGUACCAUCCAGCAAGCGAAACCUUGUGGUUAAGAAGUGGUUCCCCCAAGCGGAUAUACUAGCACAUCCUAACGUCAAGGUGUUCAUUACGCACGCGGGUCUGCAGUCCAUAGAAGAGUCCAUAGUGAGGGGAGUGCCCAUGGUCGCAGUGCCGCUGUUCGGCGACCAAAAAAUGAACGCCGAGAAAUCGGCCAAACUUGAGAUCGCCAUCCAGCUGGACAAAGACACCCUUUCGCGGGACAGUUUCAAGUCAGCCAUCAUCGAGGUGGCGGAAAACAAACGGUAUCGCGAUAGAGUGCGCGAACUGAAGAGCAUAGUAGAAGACCAGCCUAUGACGGGGCUGGAAAGAGCAGUGUGGUGGUCAGAAUACGUCAUCAGACAUAGGGGCGCCCGUCACCUGAGGAGCGCGGUUGCUGACGUUUCACUAGCAGAGUACCUGUUGUUGGAUGUACUGGCGGCGGUGUUGUCGGUUUUAUUAAUCGCUGGGAUCGUUUCGUACAAAUUGGCGAGGUUGGUUGGAAAAUUGACUCUCUGCGGCUGGCGUCGAAACAAGGCGAAAGAGUCUUGAAAGUUUCGUGAAAAAGUUCACGCGAGACAAGUUGUUAUUAAUAAAUCACUUAAAAAUUAUUAAAUUCAUUUUUUUUCUAUAUCUUAUUGUGGUUAGUUUUUAAAUAUUUUCGUAAAAUAAUAAUAA